AUGAACUGUAUAAACUGUUAUAGUAUCCUUAAUAAUAAUAAUAAUAAUAAUAAUAAUAAUAAUAAUAAUAAUAAUAAUAAUAAUAAUAAUAACAAUAAUAACAAUAAUAAUAAUAAUAAUAGCAAUAGUAAUAAUAAUAAUAAUAGUAAUAAUAAUAACUUAAUACUCAUUUCAUUAUUUUUAGAUUUUAAUGAUAAGUAG